AUGUACAAAACUAUAAGUACGACUAGUUUGGAUAACGUAAAGUUCACACUCAGGUCAGAUUCCAUAGAGUCAUUCUCAUUGAUAAAUGACUUAGGGAUAGACAACAAGGAUUCGGAAACCGUAUCAGGGGACGAAGAAUAUGAAUCGAAAAUAUACAAUGCACAGGCAGUGACAGUAGGGGAAAUGAAAGCGAAGUUACCGGGGAUGCAGAAGACGAAGUCUAUGGAGGAAUUUUUCGUGGUCGAAGAAUUUUUUGCCAAUAGUUUGAUGAACUUGAGAGAAUUUUUCGCCAUAAGUAACGGGAGGCUCGUUAGCCCGAUUGCGGUGCAUACGUUAGGACAAAUGAGUUUGUCACAACAAAACGAGUGCAUAUUUAUGGUAAAGGACAUAUUGGAACGUGUCAACAGUUUACAAGCAUUAAUCAGCACUUUUAAUGAUAAUUUAUCUGCUAAUUAUGCCAAAAUUAAGUCCCAUCUCCGCCUAUCUAUCUUGCUGAAUGUCAAGAACUUUCGCAUACUCGAGAAUUGCAGGGCAAUGAUGCUGGCACUCUGCGACAUGAAGAAAUUGUUUGAGGAGUUGAACUUCCACAGUGUGCAUAAUUUACUCGACGAAAUAAAUGAUAUGGUGUUUGAUUUUAAUAGUCACAUAGAGAACUUUGCCGGUAGUGCUUCCGGGGAUUCGAAAAACACUCAAAUUUCAAAUGGUACAAACAUCAACUACUCGACAUUAAUGAAAUACAUAUACCAGAUCGAAUCUACAUUAAGUAAACAGUCACCAUUUAUAAAUAACGAAUGUGCAUAUUUUAAAAGCAUUAUAAACGAAGUCAAAAUUGGAUUUUUUGACUUUUUCCAACAAUUCACAAAGCUAAUGAAUGAAGAUUACGACUGCGACACUGUGUUUCGCUACGAAAUACUACUGUUUGAUGACCAUUUAAAAACCCAGUAUAUAACGUGCCUGCUGGAUUAG